UCUUCACAACAGAAACGUCAGUUUCCGGCAGACCGGUGGGUGUUUGGACUUUGGAGAAGGUAACAUCAUGGCGUCGGGAACAGGGGAGCCGUCCACCGGACACGAUGCAGAAUUGGACGAAUUAUUGGACAGUGCGUUGGAUGACUUUGACAAGACACCCCCUCCCCCAGCCCCUGAACCCGCCGCUGCUUCCUCCUCAGCCAACAGCGGUGCAGAGAAGCCAGCCCUGCUUGAAGACUGCAAACUCUUUGAGACUCUCUUCGAGGGCGACAUGGCUUCCCAAGCGAAGGAGGAAUGGGAGAAGGCCAUGACUGAGCUCGCCCACGAGGAGCCAGAGUUACUGCAGCACUUCCAUAAACUGUCAGAGGCAGCAGGCAAAGUUGGCACUGACACCGCCUCCCAGCAAGAAUUCACUUCCUGUCUUAAAGAAACCCUUCGUGGUCUGGCAAAAAAUGCAGACAACCUGCAGUCCUCCGGACUAGCAGGAGACGACCUUGUCAAGGCUCUAGAAGGCCUGGGAUUGGAAGAGGGUGGCGAGGGAAGCGGUGAGGACGGAAACAUCCUGCCCAUCAUGCAGUCCAUCAUGCAGAAUCUCCUCUCCAAGGAAGUGCUUUAUCCAUCUCUCAAAGACAUCACUGCUAAGUACCCAGAAUGGUUGGAGGCCAACAAGCCAAGCCUUAGCCCAGAGGACUACCAGCGCUAUGAGCAGCAGGCCAAAAUCAUGGGAGACAUCUGUAAGCACUUUGAGAAGGAGGAAGAGGGGGCAGCAGAUAAAGAAGGAGAGUUUGAGGGCAUCAUGGACCUGAUGCAAAAGCUGCAAGACCUGGGCCAACCACCCAAAGAGCUGGCAGGUGAUGCGCCUCCCGGCUUUAACUUUGACAUGGAGUCCCUCAAUCUCCCAGGAGGCCCCGCAGGCCCAGGAGGCCCCGGAGCUGGGGCGGCAGAGCAGUGCUCCGUCAUGUGAUGCGGGAGCGGUGCGGUCCAUCAGAAGUACUGAAGCCAGAGGGUCACUCUGUGUGCGUCAGCGACAGGCAGGGAUUGAAGGAGUGUGAAGCAAAGGUCAGGCAGGAGUGUGACCAGACCGUCGACGCUCUUCUCCCUCAAGUAGAAGGUGUGUGUGGUUGCAGAAACAACAGGACGAGGCACGAAAAUCAACAGGAACCACACACAUAAACACGCUCUCUUCUGUCCUAAAUCACUGAACGCACAACUUAGAACAUUUGAACAUCUUUGCAUUAGUUUGGCAGCGGUUGCUGCAGCUCUGUCACGGUUUAGUUUAACAGCAUUCCUUUAAAAAGAAAAUAUCACUGCUGCUCUUCAUGUUGUUUUUACAUUACUGUUUAGCCUCAUGGUAAAAUCUAUCAAACCACUUCACAGGUAUAAACAGUGCCUUUUGCAAAAAAUUACUCUUAAGUUAUUGUUUUAGGUCUUUAUAUUUUGCUUUCAUUCAGCCGAUCACUUAAGAUUAAAGUUUUAAAAUGAUGGGAAUUCUUUGCAAUAUCAUCCAACGUUUACACCAAGUUAGUGAUAAUUAUUUGGCACUUCAUUAAACACUCACCUCUGUUUCUGUACAGGCUGUAGAGGAUGUAACUUAACGAGUUAAUUACUUAUUAACAUGUAAGGAAACUGGAACAAACGUAGUGUACAUUUGUUAAUUAUUUAAAUAAUUAAAAAGACUAGGGAGGAUUGAAGCGCUCACUGUAAUUCAGCCAACUAAUUUCAUCCGUGUGUUACCCCCCCCCCCCCCCCCCCCCCCCUCUCCGUGUGUUACCCACCCCCCCCCUCUCCGUGUGUUACCCCCCCCAUUCCCAGGUAUUGAUUUGAAGUGAUUGAGAUGAUUCCCGUUUGCCUUUGCUGUGGUUACAGUGAUCAUUAUAGAGUAGAGUUACUGUGCUCCCCUUGUGAUUCCCUGUGUUUGUCCAGAGUGAUGUUUUCUUAGGUCUGGGUCCCUUCUAGGAAAGAACAACACUUGAAGGGUAUUAGGAGUGUUAACCACCUGAUAGCAUGUACGUAUCCUGUACCCUCCAUCCAAAAGGUGACAGGGCAGACUGUUAAGCAUCACAUUGUGUCACGCGAGGACAGAAACGUCAAUAGUGUGAUGACAUGUUGGCUGCGCUUGGUGGGUUUGUUUACCCGAGCGUCCACUUUUCACCAGCUUCUAUUGCAAGCAGACAAAUUUUACUGCUGUGACCAUAGAGAGAGGUCUAGAAAUCCCACGCCCAUCAGCUCAUCAAUAACUAUAAUAAAGGGGUACUGUGAAAGGAUUCGGUCAGCUAUGCACUGAAAACACAGCGGAGGGGAGGCUGCUGUGUAGGUCUGUAAAGGGGGAGGGUGCAAUCUAUUUAACUCUCAGGGCCGACUCAAACACGCCCACCGUUAAAAUAAAUAAAUGCAUCCUGUUAUUUUACACUUUUUUUGUAAAUAUAUGAAAUAAAAUAAUGGUAUAAUGCAAAUGA